UAUGUUUAAAUGCCUGAAGAAAAAGUUUAUCAUUGUCUCGACCCUCUUUAAAUUGGGUUUUCAGCUCGUGUCUUCGGUGCUCGCAAUUCGUUUUGAGAUCGGUUCUUGCUCGCGCCUUCCGAUUCUUUUUAGAUGGGCUUUCUGUUCGGGCCUUCUGACGCUUCUAGAAUGUUUACAUGCCUUGCGAUUUAUUUUUGAAUGGAUUUAUGCUCUGAAAAUUUUUUAUACAGCCAAGUGUUUUCAAAACUAUUUCAAAAAUAAAUAA